AUGGAUCUUCUCGUCGAUUCGUCAACAAUACAUCUAAACCAAACGCAAACGACCCUCUUCGGUGUGUACGACGAAGUGUCCAAGUACAAUGUCCAAUUGAACAUCGCCGAGCGCCUUUGGGCUGCUUGGUAUCUUUGGAUGCAGAAUGACACCCUUGCUACGGGUAUUCUGAGUUUCGUCAUGCAUGAGGCUGUCUACUAUGGCCGAUCUCUCCCUUGGAUCAUCAUUGGCAUGAUCCCCUACUUCGAUAAGUGGAAGAUUCAGAAUCUGAAAACUCCCAGCCUGAAGGAACAAGCUCACUGCGCUCUCGUUGUCCUCUUCAGCCACUUCACCGUCGAACUCCCUCAGAUCUGGUUCUUCCAUCCCGUCGCGACCUGGUGCGGAAUGGACUAUGGCGUGCCUUUCCCCCCUAUGUGGAAGAUGGCCUACCAAAUCUGCAUCUUCUUCGUCAUGGAGGAUACCUGGCACUACUUCGCCCAUAGGUCGCUUCACUACGGCCCUCUCUAUAAGGCCAUCCACAAGCUCCACCACUACUACUCGGCUCCCUUCGGUCUCACCGCCGAGUACGCGUCGCCCAUCGAAGUCAUGAUUCUCGGUCUCGGCACCAUCGGCUCGCCCGCCAUCUGGGUCUACUUCACCAACGACCUCCACCUCUUCACCAUGUACGCGUGGAUUUUCCUCCGUCUCAUCCAGGCCGUCGAUGCCCACAGCGGUUACGACUUCCCUUGGAGCCUGAGGCACUUCCUCCCCUUCUGGGCCGGUGCCGACCACCACGAUCUCCACCACGAGAAGUUCAUUGGCAACUACGCUUCCAGCUUCAGGUGGUGGGACAAGAUCUUGGACACCGAGGCUACUCAGGAGGCCCGCAAGCGCCGCCGAGAGAAGAAGCUCGCCGAGUUCCAAGCCAAGAAGAAGCAGUAA